AUGUCCGUGCUUGCUCCGAAUCCAGAUGCUAACAGGAAGGAGAAGCGGGUUCCUCUAUUAAGUAAACCUGGCCUAGACCUCGGUCGGGGCAACGAAUCCAAAGAUAUCCCCCCACCCUCGCUGCAUUCAAUUGGCGUCGGCGCCCUCGCCGGAACUUGGCCCCAUCUGGCGGCCGCGCCGGCGCCCCCGCUCGCCGGGGCGCCCACCGCCCGCUCCUCCCGCCGCGCGCUCCGCCAACUUCCCGCCCAGCCCCGGCGGCCGCCGCCCAGCCCGACGCGGGGUCCGAGUCCCGCCGCCCUCGUUGUCGCCGCCGCGUGCGGACGGGUGGGGGAAGGGCGGCCGCCGCCAACGCCGCCUCACCCGACGGGCCGGGAGAACAAAGCGGCGGCCGCGGCGGCGCUAACUUUUUCGGUGUCUGUUCCGCGCUCCCCGAGGCGACUACUUACAGAGCUUGGCUCGACCGGUCGUGAGAAACUCCAAGCCUGCCAGCGUCUGGGUCCUGGACCAAGAGCCAGCGAGGCUUCACGCGCCUCGCAGAAUCCCGCCCGCCACAGGCGCCCCUUCUUCCCUCCCUCCCUCCCUCCGCCCCGUCCCGUCCUGAGGCCCGAGGGCGGGGGGCCGGGGCGUGCGAGGCGGGGGCGCGCGAGAGGCGGGGGCGCGCGGCCGGCGCGGGGCCUGCCGGGAGCUGUAGUCUCCCCGCCCGCUCGAAGCCGUGGUGGCCGCGUGGGGCUGUGGCUUGACCCCGCGCGGGAGCAACAGGAGCUUCGGGUGCUUUCCGGCUCACUCUGCACCCUCCGAGAUCCGGAGGGGCGCGACCGUGUACAUAUUCCAGUUACGCACUGUACUUGA